AUUGAAGAAGAGCCGAGGAGGAACCAGGCAACGCGCAGUGCCUUUGCAGCAUCCCGCUCACCAUACAGACAGAGGCUAACGCUAAAAGCUACGAGAUACGAGCGUUUCCCCGCCAUUGUGACUGCGGGACUCCCAGGACAGCCACAGCCUUCCCCGUUCCCAUAGGAUCUUGAGUUCCCUUUCGGAGAGCGCCUCCACCCCCAGCAGCAGCCAUGGCAGAUGACGCAGACAUGCGCAAUGAGCUGUCAGACAUGCAGCAGCGCGCCGACCAGCUGGCCGAUGAGUCACUGGAAAGCACCCGUCGUAUGCUCCAGCUCGUGGAAGAGAGCAAAGAUGCCGGUAUUAGGACUUUGGUCAUGUUGGACGAACAGGGAGAGCAACUGGAGCGCAUCGAGGAGGGAAUGGACCAAAUCAAUAAGGACAUGAAGGAUGCAGAAAAGAAUUUGAACGAUCUAGGGAAAUUCUGUGGUCUUUGCUCCUGUCCAUGUAACAAGAUGAAGAGUGGAGCUAGCAAGGCUUGGGGCAAUAACCAGGAUGGCGUUGUGGCCAGCCAGCCCGCCCGCGUGGUCGACGAGCGUGAACAGAUGGCCAUCAGCGGGGGCUUCAUCCGCAGGGUAACAGAGGACGCCCGGGAAAAUGAGAUGGACGAGAAUCUGGAGCAGGUGGGCGGAAUCAUCGGAAACCUGCGCCACAUGGCCCUCGACAUGGGCAACGAGAUCGACACCCAGAACCGCCAGAUCGACAGGAUCAUGGAGAAGGCUGAUUCCAACAAGACCCGGAUUGAUGAGGCUAACCAGCGCGCCACAAAGAUGCUGGGCAGUGGCUAAGCAUUGCGCUCUGAGCCUGCCCGCGUCCUGCGCCACUUUUCAACAGGCGCUGACUUGCUUUCAUCAUGGUAUUGACCUUCUAGGUUUGCACACAUGCACAUAUCACCUCCCCUCCCCAUUGUAAAUGUUGUUCUGUGUCGUCUGUCGAGCUUUUUCAAGAUGAUUGUCCUCGUAAACAAUUAUUUCUUAUACUCCAUAUCUCAUUCUUUCCAAAGGUUGUAUAUAGUGCUGACUUGAUGGCUCUCUAGCUCACCUGUGAAGUUUUUAAUCUCUAUCAAAAAUAUAUAUAUCAUAUAUUAUAACAUAUCAUAUAUAAGAUAUAUAUAUAUAUAAAUUAUACUGCUCUGGAUGACAAGUAUAUAUAGGAAUGCUCUAAAAGCUGUUUGUUUGAUUCUUUUCCUUUCAGUAUCUCAGUAUCGUCUUAGUAAAAGUGUGUCACUUAGGCUACUGUCAUGCUCCUUACUUUAGUGUUGGCACAAACUAAAUGGACAGGGGGGACACAGCGUUUACUAAACAAAGGUACAGACGAAAGAGAUGGUGGAAAGCACUUACAAUCAAAGCCAGUUGUUGGUACAUUCUCCUUCAUCACAAUCAUACUGAGUUACUGUUUAGACAAUGUGCAACUAGACUCUCUGUAGCUGUAUUAGACAUUGCAUUCCAAGUGAUGUGAAUUGUGCGUUCUGCAUGACCAAUGGUAGAUUUUAGUCUUAUAAAUAAAAUCUGUCUGAAAAAUAUAUAUAAAAAAUAAUAACAUGGCAGUAGCAAGUUGACAAAACGCAUGCUCAGUAUUAGGACACCGUUUCCAUAAUCCUGCAAGGUUGCAAUAGUGCCACUCUUUCUGUCUUGAUAUAUUUACCGACUGUGACCAUCUUGUUGUAAAAUAAAUGCAAAAGGGAUCAAAAAAGAAAGAAGAAGUUGAAUACAAUGAGGACUUUGGGUUGUAUCGCAAAAAAUGACCUGUUUUCUAAAUGAUUAUGCAGAUUCUACAGUGAUGACAUUGUUGACUAUGUGUUGAAAGAUGCGGACUGGCUGUGUACUGUAUCAUAGGUUUUGGAUGCUCUGAAAAAAUAAAAUAAACGUUUGCAAUGUAAAGCAAAGACGCAUAUUUCUGAGAGAUCUUACUUUUAUAAGAAGACUGUACCUGUAAGUUUAUUCUCCUUGUGUGGUUUGUUAUUGGUAAAAAGAAAUACCAACACUAUAAUAAUACUAUACUCCUAGCAACACGAUACAAAAGGUUUUAUUUUAUUUUAUUUUAUUUUCAUUUCGCUUCUGUAUUCUAUAUAGAGCUAUGCACACCAAAUCGCCAAAAUGUCAAAGUAGUUAGAGUAAGGUGAUUAAGUACCCAACCCUGAAUGACACAAGUUCAACUGUGAGAUUGAUGUCCUCAGCGCAUGUACUAUUAAGACUCCCUCUGUAUCCUGUCAGUGUGUGAAGUGGUGGACAUUUUGUAGCUAGCUGAAUUGAUUAAAAUUAAUAAACCCGGA